AUGGCUCGAUUUACUAUCGUUCUCGUGUGUUUCGCCCUCCUGCUCCUAAGAGCUGAGUCAAAGGGCCCACCACCGGGUAAAGGUCCCGGCGGCGACACCGGCCCCGGAAAUUCCGGCGGAGGUGGCGGCAAGCCUGACGGAGGUUCCACCGGAGGUUCUGGCGGCGGCAAGCCGCCCCCACCAAAGAAGCCCUUCAAGCCAACUGUACUCGCUCGCUACAUGGGAACCGUACACCCGUGCAAGCCCCUUCCCUUCGUGCGCGGAUCCAUCGUCGCCAACGUCCUUUCAACCGAGGAUAACACCACAAAUUCCAUGACAUACGGCAUCCUCAUUUCCGGAACAGCCGAGCCGCCCACCGUCCAAGGUAUCUACAGCACCGAUCCGUGCGACCCGCUUGUCGAGCAGAAGUUGGUGCUUGACCUGAACGGAACCUGGGUGAACACGCCCCAGAAACCCUCAAGGAAGAACAAGAACCCUCCCCAAGUGUACACUUUGAGCAACACUGCGAAUGAGACUGCUCUGCCGCAGCCUCGCCCUGCUGGUGCCCCGAAGGGCAACGCCUGGGGUAAGGUGUGGAAGAUGCAGCCCCUUUAUGUGAUGAUGUUCGUGAACACCACCGCGGGCAACGGUACCGUUGCUGGCAAGUUUAUGCGCAACAAGUAG